AUGAAUGAAACUAAGAUCAAUUUUGCAGAUUAUCUGGAAACUUCCAGAAUCUCCAACACGGAGUCAACUGCAUUUGACAUAAUGGAACAGUUUUGGAAACCUGGUGAUGAUAAUGAGCACGUUUCCCAAGUCUGCCAAACAUUAGGUUCAGAACACAGCACAAUUGUAGAAGAUAGUAGGUUAAACGCACCUAAAAUGUUUUCCCAAGGGGAUUUUGACGAGUAUAAAUCUGAAAUAGGUGAUGCAAUUGAAAUUUACACUGCUAUUAAUGAUUCUGCACCAUUGUAUUUUGAUAAAAAUAAGAGGAAAUUUGUCAGAAGUAAUCGAUCGAUUUGUAGAACGGAUGCAACAAAAUUUGACAAAGUCUUUACUGAAAUGUAUCAAACAAGAUUUCAGAUAUUGUUUCAACGCGCUAAACGACAUAAAUCGGUUGUUUUGUGGACGCGAGUUUCUGAUAAUGACUCAAAUGAUAAAUUAGUUAUUCAAAUAGUAGAUGCAAUAUCCAUAUCUACUAAGGGAACUCAACAUUUGAUUGGGAAUUUGAGCAUAAAUAGACAAGGAGAUUUCUGCAUCCAGGGCGCUCAACUUGAACUGGUACUAAACAUAAAAGGGUGCAAAAUACAUAAAGGGAUUUACUGCGAUGGACAUGUGGUGCUGGUUUCUGGCACAAUCCAAUUGCCAGAGAGAUAUUUUAUCGCAACUGAAAUCAUGCACCCACCCUUCGAUGUGGGAGAUGACUUCGAUUAUUUCUCUGGUGAUGUCUUUGGUGGCAAUUUAGAUUCUAGAAAAAUAGACACAUUUAGUGUUUAUAGGGAAUCGUUAUUAACUUCUAGAAAAGAAGUUAGUAGUUACUGGAUCAUACUUUCUAAUGUAAACUUAACCGAUAUAGCAUCACUUUCAGCACUAGAAUCUUUGUUUCAAAAACUUGUGAAUUCAACGACUGCACAGCCAUUGCCAGUUGGAUUCAUCUUUAUGGGGAAUUUUUCUUCCCGGUCCUUUUCAUUCUCAAAAAAGAGGUUCAUAUUGGACGAUCAAACUUUUAUUGAUUAUAAGAAAGGGUUUGAGGACUUUUCGCUUGUUAUUGUGAAAUACAAAAUUUUACUGGAAAAUUGUUACUGGAUAUUUAUUCCUGGUCCAGGAGACGCAUGCAUUUGCAAUCAAACAAUUCCUAGGAUGCCAAUAUUGGAGCAAUUUACAGAGAAAAUGAGAGAGAAUCUGCUACAAUCAGUACCUAGUGCCAAAAUUUAUUUCACAACAAGUCCAUGUAGGAUAAGGCAUAUGGAUAGGAGAUUAGUGUUAUUCUCCAACCCGAUCCUCGGUGAAUUGCUUUCCUCAUCUCUAUUCACCAGCGACUCUGAUGAAAAUGUGCUAUCUCCCGAAUUCUUAGUGAAAAUGUUCAUCAAUACUUUGAUUGGACAAGCACAUUUAUAUCCCACUCCACAAAGGCAUAAAAUAGUGUCAAGAAUGGACUCGUUCCAACUGCUAUGUCCUCUACCAGAUUUUAUUUGUUUAGGCGAUAUAACUGCGCCUUGUUUUGUGGAAAAAGUUACCGAUACAUGUAUCAUAGGAAACUCAGGUGCAUAUUUCGCAACAUCAAAAACAUUCUUUGUGUACAAUGCUUUGAAAAAUAAACUUGACAAAUAUUCCCUCUAG